UCUCUCUCUCUUUCUCUUCCCUUUUUCUACUGGCUGUGUGAUUACUGAGUACAUACAAUACAAAUACUGCGAAACUUUGCUCUUCAUUUUAAUGGCGUGAGCACAACCAUAACCAGCACUGUCCUCUUCUUCUUCCCACUCAUUACCAAAUACCCAUCUGUUAUCUUCUUCAAAAACCCAAAACCCCAAAUAACAGAGCAAAGAUCUUCUUUAAUUCCCAAUGACCAACUUAAUCUUUUGUACCUAAAAUUCUCCAACAUAUCACAGAUAUGAAUGUAUUGUUUUGGGUGUCUUAAUUACUGGGUUUCUUGAUUUAUCUCUGUUCUACGUCUUACAAUAGUCCUACGUGUAAUUUAUGUUAUAAUAUAGCUUGUAAAAGAGUGUUGGGUUGUGAUGUAUAGAGGUAAAGAGAAGGGCAUUGAGGGAAAUAUGAAGGGUCAUGAAGAAAUGUUGUGGAUGUUGAAGGAAGACGUUUCGUAUUUGAAUCAUCAGUAUCAUGAUCAAGGUGAUGCGACCACGAUGAUGGGGUUUUCGUCUUCGGGUUCGAGUUCGUUGUCUGGUGGAUUUGGUUUAUAUGGUGAUGAAUCUUGGAAUGUAUUUGAUCAGAAUAUUCAUCAAGGAGGAGUACUCGAUAAUACUCAUCAUCCACUACACUUGGGAGGUUCUGGUUGGUCUUCUAACAUGUUUAAUGACCAAAAUUUUGAUAAAGUUGUUGAUAUAGGCCUGUCUCAGAGAUUUUAUGGGAUGAAUAUUGAUGAUAAGGUUGAUCAUUUCUUCAAUGGAACAGGAAAUUCUCAUCAUGGUUUUUGUGAUUUUCAAGGAUCAGCAGGAGGAGGAGCAUUAGGCCAUAGGAGAGAGAAUUUGUGUGAUUCAAUGGGGUCUAUUCAUCUUAAUCCUCUGUCUAGAGACCUCUGUAAGUAUCAGAAAGAGAAAAUUAACUAUGAUUACUUGUGUAACAUGAAUAGGCCUUGUAGUAACGAGGGUCUUCGAUACUCGGAGCACACUGGAUUUGAUGAUGUUGGUGUUGAUAGGAGUUUCUUUAGCUCGUUACAUUGCUCUCAGUUGAUGGGAUUAAGUUCUGAAUGUGAUUGUUCCAUUGCAAAGCAAAUGCCUACUAGCAUAAUGAAUCACCCUUUAUCCCCAUUGCCAAAUUCAAGAAGCCAGGAUAGUUACAGUUGUGAAGACAGCUUCAUUAUGCAAGGGGAAUGCUUAAAAUAUGCUUCUGAGCAGAGAGGUUUAAAGGGUCAGAAGAAAAAAACAAGGAGUGAGAUUAAAAUGGAAAGGUUGCAAGAGAAGAAACCGGCGAGAAAUGGCUUAUUGCAUUCUGGAGAAUCUUGUGAAGUUGGUUUAGGGGAGAUUGGAUUCCAAGUAAGAGGAGCUAGUAGAAAUGAUUUGGCCUUAAAGGAUGGAAAUAAACAGAACCAUGUGUAUUUGGCAGCAAAAGAUCAGCUGGGGUGUAGGUAUUUACAGAGGAUAUUUGAUGAAGGGACCUCUGAAGAUGUUCAGAUAAUAUUCAAUGGCAUCAUUCAUCAUAUCUUUGAGUUAAUGAAGGAUCCAUUUGGGAACUAUCUCGUGCAGAAACUAUUGUCUGUCUGUAAUGAUGAGCAGAGAAUGCAGUUUGUGCUCAUGGUGACUAAAGAUCUAGGAGAGCUUGUGCAAGCAUCUAGGACAACACAUGGGACCCGUGUCGUGCAAAAGUUAAUUGAGACAAUUAAGACCAGGCUGGAAAUUUCCUUAGUUAUAAGGGCUCUUCAACCUGGUAUUCUUAAUCUCAUGAUGGAUGUCAAUGGAAAUCAUGUGGUUCAGCGUUGCUUGCAUUGUUUAAGCAAGGAUCACAACAAGCUUAUUUUUGAUGUCGCGACUAAGCAUUGUGUUGAUAUCGCAACACAUCGUUAUGGAUGCUGCGUGCUGAAUAAAUGCAUCACUUAUUCAACUGGGAAGCAACGUGAGAAGUUGCUUGUUGAGAUUUGUUCUAAUGGGCUUAAGCUUGCUCAAGAUCCUUUUGGGAAUUAUGUUAUCCAAUUCAUAAUAGAGUUAAAGAUACCCUCUGUUGCUGCCAUGUUGCUCUCUCAGUUUGAAAGGCAUUAUGCAUACCUCUCAAGGCAAAAGUUUAGCAGUCAUGUUAUUGAAAAGCUCCUAAAGUGUUUUGAAGAAGGCAGAUCGAAAAUCAUCAAUGAGUUAGUCUCAGAACCUCAUUUUGAUCAAUUGCUGCAAGAUCCCUUUGCUAACUAUGUGAUUCAGUCUGCACUUGGCGUUACUAAGGGACCGGUUCGAACUUUGUUGCUUCAUGCUGUGCGGCCUCACAUGCUUCUCCUGCGCACCAGUCCAUACUGCAAGAAGAUCUUCUCUCGUCGACUACUGAAGAAGUAAUGCUCCAACUGAGAGUAAAAUGUUGUUGUUCUCUUACUAUUACCUUAUCUAUUUAGGUAACUGGAUGUGGAAUGUAUCUUAUCUAUGAUCCUAUUAAGGUGAUCAGUAACAUAUUAGACUGUUGUAUGUCAUGCAACAAUUUUGGUUGAUGCUUCUUUGUAUGAUGCUUUUUUUUGCUCAAACUUUUGGAUGUGUAAGAUUG